CUUUACCAAGCAUGCCCGCAUCCGAAAAGGCCAUCGCGCUCGCCCUCCACGACAGGCAGUACUUCUCCGACGAGCCGUCGAGCUACCGCCCCGCGCGGCUCUCGCGCCGCGACAGGCUCCACGGCUUCUGGUGGUUGUGGGGCGGAUCCGCCUCGCUGGCCUUCAUCAGCGCCAUGCUCGCGUGCAUGGCCGGCGUGCACAAGGAAAAUGCGGAGGGGUACGAGCGCAUGGUGGGCAUGGCGCUGUGGCUCACAUGCCCCGUCGCCCUCGGGCCGAUCUGCUUCGUCGUAUCCACGGGCUUCACGUGCGCCUUCCGCCGCCAGUUCUUCCGCCUCGCGCGGCCGCGCCACCUCGUCCCCCUCCUCGCCACCUGUGCCACCUAUGCCCUGUGUAUCUGGUUCAUCACGUACGCCGAGGACUGGUCGUUCGGCCUCAACAAGCGCGACCAUCUGAGCUUCCUGUACGUCAUUCUCUGGGCGGCCUUCUACGCCAGCCAGCUGUGGUACAAUGCGUCGUUUGCGACCCCGCUCAAGUCCCUCUUCGGCCGCGGAUACGAGACGGUCGGGAUGAUCGAUCUGGACAAAGUGUGAGGGGCACGGCCUUGCCGCGGGCGGCGAGCCUCCUCAUCCUCGACAACAACUACCGCGCGCUUCUAUAUAAUCGCCUCGCUUACAGCCAAAUAAUCCGUAGCAACCUAUAAUCGUAAUGUAAUGAUAGCCACCGCCG